AUGGAAAUAACAAAAAAUCUACAAAAUACUGGAGCAUUGCCCACAGAUAUCGACACACAAACAAAUACACCUGAAAAUGAAAUUGAAAUCAUUGAAGCAGAGUCAUCGGACGAUGAAAAUCAAAUAAAUAGUCCUGGAAGAAAUUAUCUUACAAGUGGAGAUGAAUUUUCCGACUUUGGGAGUGAUGAUUCUAUCAUAGAUAAAGACUAUUACCCAUCUUCGUCGGAUUCUGAUGAAAAUCCACAUAAUCUGUUUGAUGAUACAAUCGAAGGCAGUGCCGCCGAGGCCGAUGAUUUAGUUUCGGAUACAGCUGAUGAAAAUGAAGCUAAUGACACCACAGAUGAUGAAAUUGGAAAUAUGCCGCAUGUUGGGCUAGAUACUAAUAAUUGGCAAGACAUUGUUGAAGGACAGUUGUUUCCGAACCAACAACACGUAAAAGGAUUCACACUUUCAGAAAACCAACUGGCCCAGGAAGAAAAAAAAGGAAGAUUUGUAGAGGAUGCUAUCAAAACCUUCGGACAACUGUAUCCAGCCGUGAAGCAAAUAAGAAAGUCACCAAAGUAA